AUGUCCUCCUACGACCUGUGCUGCCCCAGUCCCUGUGGGCCCACCCCGCUGGCCAACAGCUGCACCGAGCCCUGCGUGAGGCAGUGCCAGGACUCCACAUACGUCAUCCAGCCCUCGCCCGUGGUGGUGACCCUGCCCGGGCCCAUCCUGAGCUCCUUCCCCCAGAACACGGCCGUGGGAUCCUCGGCCUCGGCCGCCCUGGGCAGCUCCCUCAGCUCCGAGGGGGUUCCCGUCUCCUCCUCGGGAUGGGGGCCCUGGGGGGGUGUUGGGGGGAUGUGUGUCAGUCCUGGGUCUGCAGCUCCAAACGAGGAGGUGAUCUGGCCCUUCCCUUAA